CUCAACACGUACCCCUCUCGGCCCCCCUUACUGUCUCUCUCUCUCUCUCUUCACGCUGUCAAGCUCAAAGUCGUAAAGGAGAAACGAAAAAGAAAAAAAGAUCUUUUAUUGGUUGAGAGAAAGUUGGAAACAUGGAGGCAAUGGGGGUCUCUUUCCUUUCAACAACACCCUCUUUGGUUUCUCUCGUCCCUGUCCCGUCUCUCAACUCCAACUCUGUUGCUGCUAAUAGAUAUCUUAUUACUCGGGCAGGUGCUAUUCGUUGUAGUAAAACUGAAACUGAUGUUUGUGGUGAAUAUGGUUUCCAUCGUAGAGAUGUUCUCAAAUGCAUUGGGGCAACCGUCGGCGUGGAAUUAUUAGCAAGCUCAGGACCAUGGGUUGAAAUGGCAACUGCUGCUGAUUUGAUUCAACGUAGACAGCGCUCUGAGUUUCUCUCAAAUAUUAAGGACACCCUGUUCAAAGCUUUAAAGGGAAAUCCAGAUCUUAUUUCUCCCAUACUAACUUUGGCACUGAAUGAUGCUGUGACCUAUGACAAGGCUACAAAAUCUGGUGGCCCAAAUGGAUCCAUUCGAUUCAGCUCAGAGUUAAGCAGACCUGAAAAUAAGGGGCUCUCUGCUGCUAUGAGUUUAUUGGAUGAAGCCAAGAAGGAAAUUGAUUCAUAUUCCAAGGGUGGACCUAUUUCAUAUGCAGACCUCAUCCAAUAUGCAGCUCAAACUGCCACCAAGGCUACUUUUCUAGCAUCUGCUAUUCGCAAAAGUGGUGGGAAUGAAGAGAAAGGAAGUUUAUUAUACUCAGUAUAUGGUUCAAAUGGGCAGUGGGGCUUGUUCGAUAGGCAGUUUGGACGAAGUGAUACUGAAGAGCCAGAUCCAGAGGGAAGAGUGCCACUGUGGGGGAAAGCAACUGUGCAGGAAAUGAAAGAUAAGUUCAAAGCAGUUGGCUUUGGCCCCCGUCAGCUAGCCGUGAUGUCUGCAUUCCUGGGUCCUGAUCAGAAUGCAACAGAGGCCUUACUGGCCACUGAUCCUGACGUCACUCCGUGGGUUCAAAAAUACCAACGUAGCCGAGAAACAGUGUCUCAGACAGAUUAUGAGGUUGAUCUGAUAACUACACUCACAAAGUUAAGUUGCUUGGGCCAACAAAUCAAUUAUGAGGCAUAUACGUAUCCAGUCAAAAAGAUUGAAUUGAGCAAACUCAAAUUAUAGGCAGAAAGCAAACAAUGUUAUCAGAGAAGUACAUGAACCUGCCAGCCUCGUUGUCAGUCCGACAACAAUUUUUCCCAGUUGAAUAUCUUCAACCUUUCGGUAUAUGCAAUGAUUUCUGUAUAUCCAUCAGGUAGCUGUUAGAUAUGGAUCCACCUUUUGACUUGAGUGUUUAUAACUCCACAACGUACUAUAGCCGGAUUACAGACAUGUUUGUUGUAAUUUCUCAGCUCAAUAAGCUCAAUGUCGUUUUCGGCUUUCACUUGCUGGAACAGCAGUUGGCCUUAAA